CCCUCGUUUCACAUCCUCCCGCGUCGUUGUCGCCGCUGCUCGGGGCCGGCUCUGCCUUCCAGGGAGCUCGCGAGGCCGCCGGCCAUGCUGGUGAACAAGAGUUUGCGGCGGCUCCUGCAGCUCGUGCCCGGCAAGAAGCGCUUCGGCGCCUACCGCUUCCUCCCCUUCUUCUUCCUGCUGGGGGGAGCCAUGGAGUGGUUCAUGAUCAACGUCCGCGUGGGCCGGGAGACCUUCUAUGAUGUUUACCGUAGGAAACGGUCUGAGAGACUCUAUCAGGCGAGGAUGGACAAAACUGAAUGUUAGCUGAAACAUUUCAAAGCGGAUGUCGUGAAUUUUUCAGUCAUAUUAAUAUCAAAGAAAUAUUACUGCCGUUGGAAUGGUAGGUGCAAGAUUUUACCCUGUGCAAGAUGAACUGCAAUCCACAAGCUUGUGUUACAAGUUUAAAAACAUUUUUGCAGUAUAUUCUUCCAUCAUCCACUUACCA